GGACCAGGAGGAGUCAUCAAAUGUAGAAGACGCCCAGGUCCGUCCCCUUUUUUGUGGAAUCUGAGUGAGCCCUCGCAGAAUUUGCUUCCCCUCUCUAGAACCGGGUCACCAUGGCAACUGGACUGAAAUUGAUGAGAGCAAUUAGAGUUUUUGAAUUUGGUGGACCAGAAGUGCUGAAACUCCAGUCGGAUGUGGCAGUACCAACUCCAAAAGACCACCAGGUUCUAAUCAAGGUCCAUGCAUGUGGUGUAAACCCAGUGGAAACAUAUAUUCGUUCUGGUACUCACAAGAUAAAACCACUCUUACCCUAUACACCUGGUUCAGAUGUAGCUGGGGUAAUAGAAGCUGUUGGAGAUAAUGCAUCUACUUUCAAGAAAGGUGACAGAGUUUUCACUACCAGCACCAUCUCUGGGGGCUAUGCCGAGUAUGCUCUUGCAGCAGAUCACACUGUUUACCCACUGCCAGAAAAACUGGACUUUAAACAAGGAGCUGCCAUCGGUAUCCCAUAUUUUACUGCUUAUCGAGCUCUGCUCCACAGUGCCCGUGUGAAAGCUGGAGAAAGUGUUCUGGUUCACGGGGCUAGUGGAGGAGUUGGACUGGCAGUAUGCCAGAUUGCUAGAGCUUAUGGUUUAAAGGUUCUGGGCACAGCUGGUACCGGGGAAGGACAAAACAUCGUUUUGCAAAAUGGAGCCCAUGAAGUGUUUAACCACAGAGAACAUAAUUAUAUUGAUAAAAUUAAGAAAUCUGUUGGUGAAAAAGGAAUUGAUGUGAUCAUUGAAAUGUUAGCUAAUGUAAAUCUUAAUAAUGAUUUGAAUCUUCUGUCACGUGGAGGACGAGUAAUAGUUGUUGGCAGCAGAGGUCCUAUUGAAAUAAACCCACGGGACACCAUGACAAAGGAAUCUAGCAUAAUUGGGGUUGCUCUCUACUCAUCAACUAAGGUACAAAGGAGGUUCAAGUGGACAGAUGGAUCUUUUGCUCCCAGUAAUCCUGGUCAGUGUUUAUCUAAACUCUCUGAAGCAUAUGAAGCCUCAGAUUUAACACUUGGAUCAAGUAUGAAAAAUUUGGCUUUGUAUACUGUCAAAGCUCAGCUCUGGGUACCUGCCAUCUUGCUUCAAAGAAAAUCUCACUCUGGAUGGUUAAGAGGAAAAAAAUGGAAUUUUGAAGAAAAUAAAAGUAAAACCGAUGAAUUAAAACAUUCAUUUUCCUUUAUUAUUUUACUUGAAUGAAACAAGCAUCCAGACGUCAUAACCUUACUUAAUUUUAGCUUGAAAAACCUGUAACUGUCUAAUUUUUAAACUUCUAUUCUAAAUAUAGAAAGUAUAUAACACAGGUAAGUAUUAAUUUUUAGAUGUCAAUUCAACUUAGUAGGAAAAAAGCAAUUGAUGUGCUUCAGUAAUAACUUCCAUUUGUUUUUAACUUGUUUUAUUAAGGCUUGCAAUUCUAUUUAAUUGGCAUGUAAUUUAAUUGCCACAUAAGUUAUUUAAUUAUAUGCUAUAAAUGGAAAAUGUUGUUUAUAGGCGAUCAUAUCUCUUUUGUUAAAAUCUGGAAUACUGGAUCUUCCUCAGUCUUGUGUUUAUAUUAUUCUUUCCUGCUGAUUAUUUGCAUUGCAUGAUUGAGUUAUAUCACAUAUUAAAUUGAUUUUGCUAUUGUUUAUAAUGGGGUGUGUAUGUGUGUGUUUGUAUUUUUUAUAUUUCAGUAAUUCAGAGAGCCAAAAUUUAACCUUCUGUAUUAAUGAAAACAAAGGUCCAGAAGUUUCUUUAUGGAAAGUACAAUGUUGUGAUACUCCACACAGGCUGUCCAUCCAGCUCAGCGUGCUCUCCCCUCCACCCUGCCCAAUUCUGGCCCAUUACUUUGAAGGUUUACCUUAGGUGUUACUUCUGCUUGGAAGGCUGUUCUGAGCUCACUCAUAGGUUAGAUGGUUCUUCUCUGAGUUUCUUUAGCAGAAUAACUAUAAUACAGAGUUAGACCUAGACCUGGUCUAGUCUUGAGAUUUUCCCUGUUCUUUUCGAGUUUUUGUCGCUUUGUCUUUCUUUCCCACUCAGAGAGUCCCCUUUAAUAUUUCUCGCAGGGCUGGUUUAGU